AUGUAUUUUCAACAGCAAUCAGCCGUCGAUAUCGCCUCUGCUGGUCAUAACUUAUUGAUAUUAGGCCAGGCAGGUACAGGAAAGUCCUUUGUUGUGAGGAAAAUACAAGAAAUGUUAACUAAAAACUCGAAAACAGUAAAAAUUACAUGCUCCACAGGGAUAGCAUGUUGUGUAUACAACGAUGCUUGUACAGUUAAUCGUUUUUUAGGGCUUCACGAUGGACGUUAUUCUGCAGAUGAAAUAAAUAAGAUACAUGCAGAAAAUUCAAAGUUUAACUAUGUUGAUGAUAAUCUUAAGAAUACAGACUGCCUCAUUGUGGAUGAAUGUUCCAUGGUAAGUGAAAAGGCUUUUGAAACUAUCCUUAGUGUAUGCUCAAGAAAAAAGGAACAGCUACAACUGAUUUUUUGCGGCGAUUUCUUACAGUUACCCCCAGUGGCAAAUGCACGUUACAGUGAUUAUGGCAAUUAUUGCUUCCAGUCUAUUAAAUUUCUUAAGGUCUUUCCACACCAAAUAGUACUUACACAAAAUGUUCGGACCAAAGAAGAGCCAUUAAUUAAGACCAUUUCAGAGGUAUUCAGUGGUAAUAUUAAUCCAGAAACUUCAACGUUUAUUUCAAGCCUGAACAGACCAUUGCCACCUGGCCAAAAUACAGUCAAGUUGUUUUCUUUAAACAGUCAUGUCGAUGAUUAUAACAGAAAAUGUUUACUAAAAUUCCCUGGUGAUGUGUAUGAAUACAUAUCAACAGACAGUGGAGAUAUUUCACAACUUGACCACAUACAAGCACCACAUUCUUUGUGGUUAAAAGUAGGAUGUCCAGUAAUUUUACUACAGAAUCUCUCAGACAAGUUGGUAAACGGAUUAAGAGGCCAUGUGCAUGCUUUUGAUGGUGGACCUGUAAUAAAGUUUGAGACACUGAACCUUGUUACUAAAAUACCUUUGGUAAAGUUUUCAGUUUUCAGUCCUUCUAUGGGUUCUGAUAUUGCCAUACGUGAACAGUAUCCACUUAAACUUGCAUUUGGAUUGACCAUUCAUAAAGCUCAAGGCAUGACAUUAGACAGGGUGGAGAUUGACUGCAGGGACAUAUUUCGCCAGGGACAGUUGGGGGUAGCUUUGUCUAGAGCAUCCACAUCAUCAGGGUUGAGAGUGAUCAACUUUCAUCCUCGCUACAUAAUGAAACCUGCAAAGACAGUGACAGAUUUCAUGAGUCUUGAUUCAGGAGAUAUUUUAGAUGAUUUAACUUGCUGCAGAGACAAGAAAGGGAUAGCUGAUACUGAAGGUGUGUGUACUGGUCAUAGUGAUGUUACAGAGACAGAGACUACUUCCACUGAAAGUGUCCCUGAAUUACAAAGUGUCCUUAUUGAAGAGUCAUAUCAAGAGGAAGAUGAUGAAGGAAGUGAAAACCUGGAAAUGGACGAUGAAUUUGAUAAAGUUUUAGAAUCCAUAGUAACUGAUGAAGGCAGAACUUGUGACUUUACAAUUCCGGAGGGAUUAAUGGAAACCAUUGAAAAAAAUCUCAUCAUUGAAAAAGAACUAACUUCUUCUCACAAUAAAAUGAAAGAAAUUGCCUCCAAGCUUGAUGACACAAGGUUACAGUUGUUUGUGAAAAAGAUCUUAUUAAAAAUGAAUGAAUUUACAAAGUCUAUUUGUGAUACAGAUGAUCCAAUUACCAAAGGAAUCCCAGAAAGUAAAUUGAAUAAAUUUUACCAACUUGUACAUGAGUAUAACACUGGACCAGAGUACAAACUCAACUGUAUUAUAUUAUUUGAAACAGAAGAUGAUUUGUCAGACGAGCACCUGAUUACAUGUUACAAAGUUCUUGAGUCAAUCAGGUUAUUCUGCAUAGAGAAAAAAGUAGAACUGAUUCAAAAAGAGACCUCCAGAAUUCAAAGAAGAUUUGUUACAAGUUCAUCAAAAGCAAGAAUUCGCUAUGUGGCUGGUUAUUGUGUGUCAAAACUAAGACAGAAAUAUGUCAAAAAGCAGAAGUCAAAUCUUUUUUCAAAAUCAAAAGAGAGCCAAAAUUCUUAUGCUGAAGCCAAAUGUAAAGUUAGUAUUCUGAAUUUAUUGAGGGAGGAGGAACACUUCCUGAAAGAAACAACAUGUGAACCUGAAUCAUUACUUGACAUUGAAAACAGACAGGGUAUCACACGUGGACUGACAAAUGUUACAGACAGCAUGUAUUCUUUUUUUUUAAGCCUGACUGAAAUUGCAUUAAAUUUCUUAAUACAUGAAAACCUAUUAGUCUAUGGAAAAGAGAUGUUCACCAAAUGUAUAGAAAAUAUCUAUAAAGAUAAGAAGCUAACAGAAAACUUUUCAAAUAUUAUUAAGAGCAAACUUUCAUCAGAGCAAUUUGAAGAAUUUGAUGAAAUUGAAGAAAAUACAGACAUAGGCUUUCAAGAAAUACAAAUUAACAGUAUCUUUAGAGAAUUAACUGAAAAAUAUGUCAGUGUACUGUUGGCGCAGUUUCGAAAAGAUGUAAAAUCUGCAUGUAAGAUUGAAAAGAAAAUGGCUCACAGAAAGCAAAUAAAAAUCUCUUCAAAAAAAAAGUCAGCUGAUCUAAAGUCUGAGGAGGCCAGUCAUGUUAGUAUGCCUAAAAAACGCAAAUCAAAAUCAAGGACAGACACUGCCUCUGUAAUACAGUCUGGAACCACAGAACCACAGGCUUCUACCUCUUCUCAGCCUGAACAACAGGCCUCUACCUCAUCUCAGUCAGAACCACAGGCCUCUACUUCUCAACCCGAGACACAGGCCUCCACCUCUUUUCAACCUGAGCUACAGGCCUCUAGCUCUCCCCAACCUGUGCUUGAUGAUGAAAUGUGUAAAAAAUGCUUUUUAGACAAAGAUGAUGAAUGGAUUCAGUGUGAUUCGUGCAAUGGCUGGUUCCACCGUAAAUGUGCUGGUUUGAAAAAUGUUAGACAAUGGAAAAAAUACAACAAAGAAGGAGUAGAAUGGUUGUGUCAUGAAUGUAAAUGAUUUCUAAAAAUGCUCAUAAAAAUGUUCAUUGGAUCCGUAAUAGUCUCAUUGAUUUAUUAACUUUGUUGUCAUAAGGCGUAAAAAAAUUGUUUGUUUCCGGUAUCCCGACCUACCCUAAAUUUUUGGCCCGACCCUAAAUGUUUUUAUGGCCUUUGAUAAUUUUUUUUUCAACUUUUUAACAAAAAGUUGCAAAACUGCACUUUUUAUGCUUUAAACAUGGCCAGUGAUGUUAGAAAUCAACUUACUGAUGCUCUAAAGGCAUAACCCCCUUACUUGUAUUCAUUUUUUAACACAAAAAUAAUUUCCGAAAAGUCUCCCUUAAUAAAAAAAAGUUCCAAAAAAAAAAAUUUUUUUCCGACCUACCUACCCUUAUUUUUUUGAGCAUGUUACCGGAAACAAAGAAUUUUUUUUUUAGGCCUAAGUGUCACAUUCAUAAAUGCAGGCCUCCUAGUGAAACCUUUAAAACCUUUAAAAACCUUUAAUUUCAGAGCAAACCUUUAAAACCUUUAAAUCUUCUGAAAAAGCCUUUAAAACGGCCAAAUAGCCUGUAAUUUUCACUCAAAACCUAUAUUUUUGUUCAGACUGCUUGCCGUGCCAGUUUAAAGCAAGUAAUGGUUAUACUACUGUAUUUCUUCCCCCCUUUUAAGUGUUGUUAUUAGGAUACUGCUUGUGUAUCUUUCAUCUUGAGUUUUUCAGAAUGCUGUUGUGUUCACCAGAUCACAUACAUGUAGAUGUUUUUAGUAAAUACCUAUAUGUAUUAUGUGUUUUCAACGAGAAUUCCGACAAAAAUAGCCUUUAUUUACUCUUUAUUUUUAGCUCACCUGUCACAUAGUGACAGGGUGAGCUUUUGUGAUCGCCCUUCGUCCGUCGUCCGUGCGUCUGUCCGUCCGUGCGUCCGUCAACAAUUUCUUGUCUGCACGAUAGUGGUUUCAUUUAUGAUCUUAUUUUAACCAAACUUGCACACAACUUGUAUCACCAUAAGAUCUCGGUUCCUUUCUUGAACUGGCCAGAUCCCAUUAUGGGUUCCAGAGUUAUGGCCCCUGAAAGGGCCAAAAUUAGCUAUUUUGACCUUGUCUGCACAAUAGCAGCUUUAUUUAUGAUUUGAUUUUUACCAAACUGGCACACAACUUGUAUCACCAUAAGAUCUUGGUUCCUUUCUUGAACUGGCCAGAUUCCAUUAUGCGUUCCAGAGUUAUGGCCCCUGAAAGGGCCAAAAUUAGCUAUUUUGACCUUGUCUGCACAAUAGCAGCUUCAUUUAUGAUUUGAAUUUAAUAAAACUUGCACAGAACUUGUGUCACAAUAAGAUCUCGGUUCCUUUCUUGAACCGGCCAGAUCCUGUAAUGGGUUUCAGAGUUAUGGCCCCUGAAAGGGCCAAAAUUAGCUAUUUUGACCUUGUCUGCACAAUAGCAACUUCAUUUAUGAUUUGAUUUUUACCAAACUUGCACAUAACUUGUAUUACCACAAGAUCUUGGAUCCUUUCUUGAACUGGCCAGAUUCCCUCAUGGGUUCCAGAGUUAUGGCCCCUUAAAGGUCCAAAAUUGGCUAUUUUGGCUUUUGCAGCCAUAUAGAGACUUCAUUUAUGGUUUUAUUUGAUACAAACUUCCAAAAUAUCUUCAACAACAAUAAAUCUUGGAUUCCAUGACAAAUCAGAUCCAAUCGUAGAUUCCAGAGUUAUUUUAUAUCUUGAUUACCUCCCCUGAUUGUAAUCAAAAUGGAUUUAUAUCAGUAAGUACUUAUAGGACUUAUUUGAAAUUUCAUUAUUGUCAUUAGUUGGACUGAGCCAAUCAGGGUAGAUAACUAUGGACUGAUUUUAUGUCAAAUUACCUCCCUUUAUUUCAAAUUAAAAUGGGAAUAUCUCCAUAACUAAUGAAGAUACUGAUCUGAAAUUUCAUUUAUGUCAACAGAUUUAUUUGGCAGAUCCUUCUUUUGUUCACUUACAAUAUUUUUUUUAUAAUUACUUCCCUUUUACGUUACUAUAAAUAGCUUAUUUUUAGUAACUUUUUUAUUAUUGGCCGUAGGGAAAAACCGAGACCACUUUUCUGUGGUACAACAUGGAUGGUACCUCCAAUUUUUAGGUGUAUUUUGACAUAUCUGUACCUUGUAAGAAUUUUUUUUUCUUUUUGGUUAAAUUUCUUCCCUUUGUUGUUCCUGUCCUUUGGACUUAGAUAUUUUUUCUGAGGACCUUCUUGUCCUCAAGUGCAAUGAUAACAGGUGAGCGAUAUAGGGCCAUCAUGGCCCUCUUGUUUAAUAUUUUACACUAAAAGGCCUUUAUUUCCAUAGAUUGGAGCCUUUAUAAAAACCUUUAUUUUUGUUCAGGCCUGCUAGGAGGCCUGAUAAAUGUAUAAAUUAAGAGGCUGUGUGUAUGGAUCCUGUUAAAAUCAUGUUUGUCC